AGUGCCGUUAGUUAAACGUACCUAUAGCGGACCGAACGCGGAAAUCAGUCCGACUGUCAACAUUCCUAAUUCUAACAGUUAUUAAACAAGAGAGCUGAUCGUACAUUCCACAAACAUCCUCCGGAUCGCUACUUUGCUUCAUCAUUUUACAAUUCUCCCACAUUUCUAAGCCGCACGUCGUCGGUAACGGUUCGCUAACACCAAGAAAAACAAUGGCUUCCAGGUCACCGUCAUCCUCUCCGGACACUGCGACGGGUUCAGGUACCGACCCAGCCCGGCCUGACACUGGAGAGCCUCUCGGUGGAGCGGGUUCGGAUUCGGACUCGGACUUGGGUUUGGGUAAAUUUGACUACGGUGCUGUGGAGGCUGGAGACCGCCUGGAGGGUGCUGAACUAGUACAGGAGUUCGAGUCUGCUGCCGAUCGUGUUGGUGGUCUGGUCCAAACGGCCAGCAGAGACCAGCUACUGUAUCUCUAUGCGCGGUACAAACAGGUCAAAGUGGGAAAAUGCAAUACACAAAAACCAGGUUUCUUCGACUUCGAAGGACAGAGGAAAUGGCAAGCCUGGAAACAACUUGGGGAUAUGGAGCCGGAGCAGGCAAUGCAAGAAUAUAUUUCCUGUGUCAACGCUUUAGACCCUGAAGGCAGUCGGAGGGAGAGCCGAGGAGCAGAGAAGAGAAUGGGCUUCGGUGGAGCAGCGGUCAGCUCUUUGUACCAAGAGGAAACGAUCAGAGAAGAGGAUAAGAACAUCUUUGAUUACUGUCGAGAAAACAACAUCGAGCAAAUCAGCAAGGCCAUCAGCUCCCAGAAAGUGGACAUCAACUCCAAAGACGAAGAGGGUCGAGCUCUACUACAUUGGGCUUGUGACAGAGGCCACAAAGAGCUGGUUUCAUUUCUCCUUCAGCAAAAAGCCGAUAUCAACAGCCAGGAUAAUGAAGGACAGACGGCGCUACAUUAUGCAUCGGCAUGUGAGUUUGGCGACAUCGUGGAGCUCCUGCUGAGCACCGGUGCUGAUCCGUCCAUCAAAGACAUGGAAGGCUCGCUUCCCGAGGAGGUCACAGAGUCCGGCGCCAUCUCUUCACUCUUGCGCCAGUACACUGCUCCCAAAGGCUAGAGCAACCGUGCCGUGUUGGCUCUCAACUCCAGACCCCCCCCGUCGUCGUCUCAUCAUCCCAGACUUCCCAGCAUCCCUCACUUCCCUGAUGAGAGACUGUCUAACCACAGCAGUUUGCGUUUGAUUUGUUGUUGCCAUUGUUAUGUUUUGGCUCCUAAAUACUUGAGAUUAGUUGGCUCAACCGUGUUUCUUUUUCAUAUGAAACCAUUUAUUUUGACCUUUACUCACUAAGUUUGGCUGGCAUGGUACUGGAUCGAAGAGAUUAAUUGAUCAGCACUGUCAGGUAUUUAAAUCAUUUGAUGAGGCAAAAGACUUAUUCUGAUUUAUCUUCAACGACCACUGAAAACGGUUCUGACCACUGUUGCGGGUUGAUUCACUUCUGUUGUUUAUCAGCAUUAAAAUCUUUAAAAAAU